AUCAAUCAAUCAAUCAAUUUAUUGUCAUGUGAGAACAUGUUGCUGUGUUGUUUUGUUAUGGUUAGGGAUGAGGGUGGUUUGACGCUCGAAAUCGCAUAGACAAUGAAUAAAGCAUAAAUGGGGCGUCCUAAACUUCCUCCCGAUGAAGCUCUGAGAAGAAAAAAAGAAAGGGAACGAAAGAGCAAACAGAGGCCGGAAGCUAAAGAAAGAUAUCGAUUAGAACAACAAAAACGCAGAGCUUUGAAACGACAAAACCUUCUAUUAACAAAAACGAUUGAUGAAAAUUUAAAAUUAGAAGCUAAUCGAAUUAAACAUGAACGUAAAAUGGCUUUACAACGGGAACGAAGAAAGCGUAAACGUAUGCUGUGUGUUGCAGAUUCUCACUCGCAACACUCAACUUCAAACACAGAACGUGUCCAUUUGGAUUCAGAAUCACAGCCGUCAACGUUCAACGCAAAACGUUUCAAGCUAAACCAUCAAAGUUUCCAGACAUGUAGUUAUUUAUUAUCACAACAAGAACCUGCAAUAGACAAUGGUUAUCAUACUGUUAUUAAGGAUACUGAAAAGUCGCAAGGUGAAGCAGAGAAAUUAGAGUUUCAAGCUGAAACUCGUAUGCUGCUGGAUGUAGUGGCUAAAUCAUUUUAUUCUCACAAAGAGGUUUUUGUUCGAGAGUUAAUUUCAAAUGCAAGUGUUGCACUAGAAAAGCUACGGCAUGCUCAGUUAAGCAGUGCAGAAACUGGUGUUUCUUUAGAUAGUCUUCAUGAAAUACAUAUUGCAACUGACAAACAAGCCAGAACAUUUACAAUUCAGGAUACUGGAAUUGGUAUGACUAAAGAAGAGAUGAUUAGCUGUCUUGGGACCAUAGCUAGAUCAGGUUCUAAGGCAUUUUUAAAAGAAGUGAAGAAAAAUGAAUCCACUAGUUGUGCUGUAAAUAAAAUUAUUGACCAAUUAGGUGUAGGUUUUUAUUCAACAUUUAUGGUUGCUGAUAAAGUAGAAGUUUAUUCUAAACCACAUGUUCUUGGUGCUAAUGCUCAUAAAUGGGUAACUGAUGGUUCUGGUACUUAUGAAAUAAUGGAAGCCAAAGGAGUACAACCAGGCACAAAAAUAGUCGCUCACUUGAAAUCAGGCUGUCAGGAAUUUGCUGAUGAAAGCACUAUUAAAAAUAUCAUCCAAAAAUAUAGUAAUUUUGUUAGUAGUCCAAUUUAUGUCAAUGGCAAGAGAGCAAAUAAUGUGCAGGCUGUUUGGUUGAUGGAUCCAAAAGAAGCUACUCCUGAAAUCCAUAAUGAAUUCUUUCGCUAUAUUGCUAAUUCUUAUGAUUUGCCAAGGUAUACGUUACAUUACAAAACAGACUCUCCCAUAAAUCUGAGAUGCCUACUUUAUGUACCAGAGGGAAAGCCAAGUUUAUUUGAAAUGAGCCAAGAACUUGAAGUGGGUGUGGCUUUGUAUAGCCAGAGAGUUCUUAUUAAAAGUAAAGCUGACAUACUGCCGAUGUGGCUGCGCUUUGUACGAGGUGUUGUUGAUAGUGAAGAUAUACCCCUUAAUAUGAGUUGUGAACUUCUGCAGGACUGUGCUUUAAUUAGGAAAAUUUCCACAAUGAUUACAAACAAAAUGCUCCGCUUUUUACUAGAACAGAUGAAAAAAGACCAGAAAACUUAUGAAAAGUUUCAUGAAGAUUAUGGAAUUUUUCUAAAAGAAGGUAUCUUGUCAGUUGGCGAUCAAGUUCAAAAGGAAGAUAUUGCAAAAUUGCUCCUUUUUGAAUCAUCUCUGCAACCAGAAGGUAAAAAAAUCAGCUUGUCUGAAUAUGUUAGUCAAAUGAAAGAAGACCAAAAGGACAUUUAUUUCUUAGCAGCACCUAGUCGUCACUUAGCAGAAGUGUCUCCAAAUUUUCAGGCUGUGAAGCAAAAAGAUGUUGAAGUUCUAUUUUGUUAUGAGCCCUAUGAUGAGUCAGUUCUGUUUCAGUUACAACAAUUUGAUUUUAAGAACAUCACAUCUGUUGAGAAGGAAAUGCACAGAGUAAAAGAAGAUGCAUCUGUUGAUGAUUUAGGUGAAAAUGCUUUGCCUAAAGAUGCAGCAGAAAAUUUAAUAAAAUGGUUAUCUACAACAUUGGGACCAAAAGUACACAAAAUAAUAGUUACAACGAGGCUGUCAAACCAUCCUUGUUUGAUAUCUGUUGAUGAAAUGUCUGCUGCUAGACAUUAUUUUUGUACAACUCUGCACACUAUGUCAGAAGAGCAAAGAUAUAAAAUCUUAGAACCUACAUUAGAACUUAAUUUAAGCCAUCCUAUAAUAAAGAAAAUGAACUCUAUACGAAUUGAUAACCCUAAGUUAGCUGAGCUGUUAGCACAUCAGAUAUUUGAUGCUGCAAUGGUAUCAGCUGGUCUAGUGGAUGACCCACGUAAAGUGAUUACUAAUCUCAAUGAUUUGCUUGUUUUGCUGUUAGAGAAGCAUUAAAAUUCAAAACAUAAAUUUACAUCCAGUCAUCUAUUUUAACAUAAACUCAAUGAAGCAAUACAUUCAUAGUUUAUUCAUCUAAAUGUACAAUAUCUUUAUAGGCCAAAAGUUUUGUUGAAAGAGAGAAGUAAAAUUGCAAAUUUAAAAGCAGUUUAAUUUUUAAUAAAAUAUUGUCUUGUUUAAUAUUACUCUAUUAAUAAAUAAGCAAAUGUAGAAAUGUUGUAUAUUUACAAUAAUGCUUGAGAUUCUCUAAUACAUUUCAAAAUAUGUGAAAAUAAUUUACUUUUAUGGUUGAUAUUUAAAUUCAAAGGGGGAAAAAAAUCACUUAGAUAUC